CCUGCAAAAGUUUUCCGCGGAGCUGCAGAGCCAGCGAGGCGGAUCGCGGCUGGGCUCCAGCCCGGGCACCCGGAGCCGCUCCUGGAAGAUGCGCCCUGGAGCCGCGCCCCACGAGGGUUUCCUGUGAGCCGGGCCAGGAGCAGGGGGAGCCGCCGGGCCUAGGCCGUUCUGUAGGCAGCAGGUUGCUUCAGGCCAUUCCCGAUGCGGUUUUGCAGCCCUACAGAGGGAUGUCCCAGCCGCGCCUGCUCAGCCUGCUGCUGGCGCUGGUCUUCUACUGCCAGGGACAUUCAGCCCAGAUCAUGGAUUUCCUCUUUGAGAGCUGGAAGGCCUACAGCGAGGAGUGUCACCAGAACAUGAGCCUGCAGCCCCCACCCACAGAGCUGGUCUGUAACCGAACCUUCGACAAGUUCUCCUGCUGGCCCGACACGCUGCCCAACACCACAGUCAACGUCUCCUGCCCCUGGUUCCUGCCCUGGCACAGGAAAGUGAAGCACAGAUACGUCUUCAAGAAGUGUGGGCCGGACGGGGAGUGGGUGAAGCGCCCCAGUGGGCAGCCCUGGCGGGACAGCACGGAGUGUGAGAUGGACGCCGAAGACCUCGAAGCCCAGGAUCAAUUUGCCAAAACCUACGGCAGCUUUAAGAUCAUGUACACAGUGGGCUACUCCGUGUCCCUGGGCACCCUGCUCCUCGCCCUGGCCAUCCUGCUGGGCUUCAGCAAACUGCACUGCAUGCGGAAUUACAUCCACAUGAACCUCUUCGCCUCCUUCGUCCUGAAGGGGGUCUCGGUGCUGGUGAUCGACGCCCUGCUCAAGACCCGCUACAACGAGAAGAUUGACGACUACAACGUGGGCAUCUGGCUCAGCGAUGAGGCUGCUGCCGGCUGUCGAGCAGCCACCGUCUUUAUGCAGUAUGGCAUCGUGGCCAACUACUGCUGGCUGCUGGUGGAGGGAAUCUACCUCCACAACCUGCUGGUGCUCGCUGUCUUCUCCGAGCGGAGCUACUUCACCCUCUACCUGUGCAUCGGCUGGGGUGAGCGCCUGGAUACAAAAGUGCCACUUCCCCCGUCACCCCCCUCACUCUCACCUCCCAGGUGCUGGAGCACCAACAACAACAUGGGCUUCUGGUGGAUCCCCCGCUUCCCUGUGUUCCUGGCCAUCCUGAUCAACUUCUUCAUUUUCAUCCACAUCAUCCAGAUCCUGGUCUCCAAACUCCGUGCCCACCAGAUGCGCUACACAGAUUACAAAUUCCGGCUGGCGAAGUCCACGCUGACGCUGAUCCCGCUGCUGGGCAUCCACGAGGUGGUGUUUGCCUUCGUCACAGACGAGCAUGCCCAGGGUACCCUGCGCUACGUCAAGCUCUUCUUCGACCUCUUCCUGAGCUCCUUCCAGGGGAUGCUGGUGGCCAUGCUCUACUGCUUUGUCAACAAGGAGGUGCAGUCGGAGCUGCUGAAGAAGUGGCAGCGCUGGAAGCUGGGCAAGGACCUGGAGGAGGAGUACAAGCACACGUACAGCCAGACCCCCAAUGCCCGCAACGGGGGCAGCAGUACUUGUGAGAAGCACAGGCUGGUGGGCAGCUGCAUGUCUGGGCUGGGGCGGAGUCAGCCCACGGCGCACACCAGCACCCACUACCUCGAGAAGACGGGCUGCAGCACCGAGAGGCACCAGUGCUACGAGUUCCCCGAAACAGCCGCCAGCAACCUCUGAGCCCCCCGCACCCUCCAGAACGCAGCCAGGGCGCCGGGCCCACGCCCGUCCGCGGGCAGGCUCUGCUGGGCAGGGAGAGGGAGCCAAGGGCUCAGGCAGCGGGCUUGCAGGGACAGAAAGCGAGAGCCUGUGCCUUUCAGCCCUUCCUGGGCUGUCCGGGGAGCGGGGUGUAUACCAGGCUGCCAGGGCCUGACGACAGGCAUGCUGAGAAUGGAGCAUGCCCUGCUGCCCCUGUCCAUCCUUCGGAGGCACGUGCCAGGUGGGCACGUGAUGGUGUCUGUGCACAAGGCCUGCACCCCAGCACAAGUCCACAUGGAGGGCAGAGCACCCUGUGCCAGCCUGGCGGGGUGUAGGGAGCCUGGGGACAGUGCCCGUUGGCGCGUGGGGGCAGGGUGUCUGCCUGCUGGGCCGUGUGUAUAGCUGCUUCCUGCGCUUGCUCCUGCUGCCCGCCAGCUCCUGUGCCCGAGGUUAAUUUAUCUCUGCAGUAGCUCUGUAAAUAGGCAUGGGGUCCACGGGGCAGGCUCUGUCUGCGUCUGUCUGUGUGUGGCACGGCGCAUCACUCCGGAGGACGUGGGCACCAAUAAACCCUGGGGUGUGUCUCAUGGCAACGAGGGUCUGAAGCUUCCUGACUGGGAGCUGAAGGGGCCGGCACAGCCGGG